UUCACUAAUCUAGUCGUGACUGCUAUUGGAAUUUAUUUUGUAUCCAAAGAGGAUAUUUCUGGAGUGUAAAUACUCUCUCACUCAUGGUUUGGACAGAAAACCCCGUAUUUGUCAAGACGGGACAUCAGUGAAGGGUUAUUACUGUGUUUUAGGGUGUUUGAAAGGAGAAAACUGUGGCACUUCCUGAGCAGAGUGACUCAUUUGUGCUUAGCGGUGAAGAUCAGACGUGAUUACUCGGUACAGUCACUUCUCAUUUGAGUCAUGUCGUUUCGUAGGGCAGCCAGACUGGCGUGCGGGUUCGCCGGCGGUUCAGCGUUGCUGGUGUGCGCGGCAGUCGCUGCAGAUAAGCACGGAUACUUGAGAGAGCGCUUUCGCCUCAGAGAGACCCCAACUGCCGUGCAUGCAGCACAGCCUUCGGCCUGGCCCACUGCGAACGGCUGGGACUAUAACUGGGACAAACGUGACCCCUCCUCCAUGGUAAAUGGGAAGAGAAAGGAAAGUGCUGGUGACAGCGGAAGUCAAGACACCGAGAACAACAAACCAAAAGCCACACGUCACAUCUUCCUCAUCCGACACUCUCAGUACAACCUCAAUGGAAAAGUAGACAAAGAGAGAGUCCUCACUCCUUUAGGCCGUGAACAGGCUGAAUUGACGGGACAAAGGUUAGCAGCACUGGGACUAAAGUAUGACCUGCUCAUUCACUCCUCUAUGACUAGAGCUACAGAGACAGCCAACAUCCUCAGCAAAUACCUGCCAGCGGUGGAGCUUGUGAGCUGUGAUCUGCUGCAAGAGGGUGCACCCAUAGAGCCAGUACCUCCUGUCGGUCACUGGAAACCUGAGGCUAUGCAGUACCAUGAGGACGGCGCACGGAUCGAGGCAGCAUUCCGCCGCUACAUCCACAGAGCCGAUGCCAAACAGAAGGAGGACAGCUACGAGAUUAUCGUCUGUCAUGCCAAUGUUAUCCGCUAUUUUGUGUGCAGGGCUCUGCAGUUUCCUCCAGAGGGCUGGCUGAGGAUGGGCCUGAACAAUGGCAGCAUAACCUGGCUAACAAUUCGGCCCAGUGGCCGAGUGGCUCUCAGAGCAAUGGGAGACUCUGGCUUCAUGCCUCCGGAUAAACUCUCCCGGACUUGACAUCCUCAGUCUAUACUAUCAUGGCCUCAUUACAAGAAGGAUGAGUGAAGUUGACCGCUGUUAGAGGUGCAAAGUCUCACGAAAUGUCUAUAAUGUUCUCCUAAAUGCCUCAUGAAAUUUUGAAAUACCUUUUAGAUUGACAGAAUUCCAGAAUCUUGAGAAUUUAUUUGGGUUAGUUCUCUCAAAAAUGAAAAUUCUGUUGCCAUUUACUCACCCACAUGACACUCCAAAUAUGUAUGAAUUUCUUCCGUGGAAAGAAGUUUUGAAAAUUGUUUAUACUGCUUUUUUUUUUUUUUUUUUCAUACAUUUAAAGUGAAUGUGGACUGAGGCUGUCAGUUAUAUUCAGCCUACAAUUUCUUUGUGUUCCACAGAUGAUGGUUUGGAAAACAUGAGGGUGUGUAAAUAAAGAGAAUUGAAAUUUUUGGGUGAACUAUUCCUUACUGUAAAUCUUGCUAGUUGAUAAAUAAUCGUGCAAAGCUGCAAUUUAGGAGAACAUUACUGGGAAAUUCUCCUUCUUUGCAACCCUACUAUCUUUUGUUCUGUGAUCAGUUCUCCAUAAGUGUAAUUAUUUUGUAUUUUUAAGCAAGCAAGUAAUGGGAUAUUGAUAUGUCUUCUAUUUGACACGAACACUCCUGUGCCCUGCUUUGUCAUCUGUAACUGUGAUGGAUAGGUGAUAUUAACCAGUAAGUAUACUUUUUAUGUUUAAAACAGGGUUUCUUUUUCCAGGAGUGUUAUGAAAGCUCUGGAGGCCUUGUCGUGACAAUUGGUGUCUUAUGCACUGUUUACAUGGAAUCAUGUUUAUGAAUAUUUUAAAGUGUGUGAAUUUUUCUGCUAAAUUGUUAGAAUUAAGAGGUCGAUUAUGACACGAUUAUUAAUGCUGUUCAGUUGUGUUAGUCCAUUUUUAUUGUCAGACAAUGGCUGAGUGAAUCUUAAAACAAAAUCAAAAUGGAAAAAUAAAAAAUAUAUAUUUUUGCUUCAAGAAAAUAAAGCCUGUUUUUAGGACCAUUACUUACGUUUGUAUUGUAACAUUAUUUUAAUAAACAAUAAGCACAUUUCACCCAAUUCUCAGGAGCCUACUUUAA